ACUUCAUAUUCUUCACUAAAUCCUUCUGCAACUUCUCCUCUACAAUGUCUUCGUAUUAUUAUCCCCCUAAUUCGUCUAUUUCUUACUCUAAUCCUCUAUAUCCUUCUAUCUACCCCGAUUUAUAUCUUCCCUUAGAAAACCCAACUAUCACUGAUGAUCCAAUUGUAGUGAAGACCACUACAAGUGGUAUCAGAGCAGUCGAUUCUCCGACCGCUACCAUGGCCGCUGCAACAUCUAAAGUUUCACGAGUAUAAGCAUUAAUUUCAGUAAAACAAGAUUGUCUUCAAAAGUUAUUGAUGGACAAGCACAACAGAUCGGAGUUUAUUAAAUCUUUUUGUGACGAUUUUACUGAAUCAUUCUGGGCUAUAUGGAAUAGCAAUCAUCAGGGCAGACCAACACCAAGUUUCGACGAUGAAAUCAGUGGCGUAGCUAUUGACUCGCAGGUAUAAACUGAUGUUGAGAAAGUAAUCGAUGAAAAAAUUGAAGGAGUUCUUGUUGAUCUAAAUUCAGCUAGUAAUUUCACUCAACAAUCUUCAAUUCCACCAGUACCAGAUGAAGUUUUAGGUUCCUUUCCAACAAUAAACCGUUCUCACAGGUUUGAUGAAUCGAAGAUGAUGGAGGAUGAAAUUGUUUUCAAUUCGAAAUCAAUUUCACUUGAUUCAGGUGAUUUAAGUUCAGUCGAAGGUAAUUUUCAAUCCAGUUAUAAAUCUGAUUCCCCUGUAACCGAUGAACCUAGUGUUACUAAUGAAGUUCAGGAACACAAGGAGAAAUCGAAUUUUCUGGAUUAUCAAGAGGGAAAACCGUUCAAUUCUGAACAUAAGUUUUUCAAUGUUGAUAUGGAUUAUUAAGGUACAAACAGUUGUGUGAGGGACUGCAACAUACAGAAUCAUAAUUCUAAUGGUGCAUUUAGACAGUUUGAAGGGUGGAAGUUCAUUACAGAUAAUUACCUACAACAAAUACCAUCAUACUUCUUCAAUUUUAUCAGGUUGUACUCCUUUGCUCAAUUAACUCAAACUGCUUCUAUUGGUAAUGUUUCAUCUAGUGUUAAUUCUACUCGAAUGAUAUUUGAUAGAGGAAGAGAGUUCGAUGACAUUGUUUGGAGUUAAAUUCUUCCAGUGGGUAUUGUUUAAAACUGCCAAGUGUGAAUUCUUAGGUUUUGUUUGUUGUUUUACUUAAUUUUGAUUAUGGUUGUAUAUUGUUCGAUCGAGGUAAAGUGUGUAAGACCAGUUUGCGCAACUCCUAUUUGAAGAUGUUAGUUGCAACAAGUUCAGAUUCAUUUCAAAGAUUACUUAACUACAUUGGAAGUAAUAAUUAUCAUCUGGUUCUUUUGAAUGCAACUAGUUAUGCAAUUAGUGAAGCUGUAGUACCUGUGAAAACAUCUCAAGGAGAUAGUGAAGAUUGUAACACAUUGAUUCCUGGAAGGGUAUUUGAUCGGGGAAGACGGCUAGAAUCGAUUGGGAAUAGUUCUAAAGUCUUCUUAAAUACUCUUACUUCUGGUGUGUGUUUUCUUAUGGGGUCAUCCCGGAUGAAUGAGUAUACUGGGAAUUUUGUUUAUGAACAGCUUAACAACUCAAAGGUGUUCACUGUCACCAACAACGAAUUGUCAAGUGUUAAGUGUGUUGUUUUCUGUAGCCUUGAUUGUGCUAGAACAUUAUUCGAUCGUGGCAAGGAUAUGGAAGCUAUUGAGAGGUAGUGGUACAAUAUCUACAGCUGAAGACAACACUCAUGAGCUUAUUGAUCAAAUGUUUUAUAAAUGUAAAAAGAGUUUCAGUGGUAACAAAGGGUAUCUUAAACUGCAGCUGGGAUAUUGUUUACUUGAAAUGUCUGAGGGCGCAAUGCGCAGUUUGAAUGGUGGAAGGUGCCUCUGUUGUAACCAGGAUAUUGAUGGAAGAGUAUUUGAUAGAGGCAGGUUGCUGGAGCUGAUCAUAAGGAGCACUAACUUCUGCGUAGAUACUCUUGAUCCUUGUAUAAUUGUUUUCAAGGGGUCAAAAUUGAUAGUUGAGUACAACGGGAGUGUAUUUUUGUGUGUGACGAAUGGUGGCAGCUCAGAGACUUGCGAGUUGUUUGAUGAAACUUUGCAGCAAGUUCAUGAUCUCUGUAUUAUUUUGAGACUACUUACGACAAAGGAAAAUAAUAUAUCAAGGAACUACAAAUACUCAGUCAAGUGCCUAGUUGUCGUAGCUGGUGUUUUACUGGUGGUGGUGCUUUUUUGCUACUUCAACAGGGGAUACACCAAGAACCUACAUUCCCCUUACAUUACAUUUUCGGGUUUUCUGCCGCUAAUGAAGGUUGGUUAGCUGAGUUCCGUAGGAAAAUUUAUCAUCCAUCUUGGUAUUCACAGGUGAUUACAGUGUAUAAACUAGAAGAUGGUGUUCCUUGGAUCCAUGUAUGUCCUGAUGUAGUGCUUUUCUUAGUUGCUGACAUUUAUUUGAGACUCUUAAAGCUCAAGAGGGGUGACAGAAGGGAGGUAUUCAGCGAAAGACUAGUGAGAAUCAUGGAAACGCUGGUUGUGUUCAAGAGAGGUAAGAGCAUGUCAAGAGAAUUGUUGAAAGAAACAAUAGCAAUUAUGAACUAUAUCGUGUGUGAUAUUAUCAUUAUGGUCACUACUCGACAAAUCUUUCCUUAUGAUAGACGAGUAAUAGCUUUGUGGUUGCGAGACAAGGCUGAAGAUGGUCGUAAAUGAAGUGAGCUGGUCAGUAUAUUAAAGACUCAGUUGGAGGUUAUUAUACUCAUCUACUGUUCAGGUGUUGAUGGCCAUAGCAGUGGGAAAUGUUAGCUCGUGCUUCAGUAGUACUUGUCAUUACAUUCUUGUGAAUGAGUUUAACUGGUGCUGACAAUGUUUUGGAUUUGAACUUGGUGAACCUUGUGACAAUUAGCUUCCAGCAGCCGAAAGCCUUCUCUGUGGAGGAAGGUAAGAAACUUGAGCUUCAUAUCAGCAAAGAAAAAGUUAUCUUUUCCAGGAAAGAGGAGUUUUCUGUAUUAGAAGUGGGGGUCUCUCUGGGUAUACAACUCUAUAUGUAUACUAAUCAAAAAGAAGAAAACGUGAAGAUACCCAUUCUUGCCUCAACUGACGUGGAUUCUGAUGAUAGUGGGCUUGGAUUUCUAAUGUUCUGGGCCCUACAAGGAAAACUAGUGUUCAUUGUUUCAUUAUCUCCUAAUGGGCGUUACUGGGCAUGUCAUGUACUUGCUGUGGUUAAGGCUCAGUUCUCAUCCUUGAGGAUAAGGAUGAUUUGAAGGAGUGGGUAUUUUUCAUGUACAUGGGCUAGGAUAUGUGAGGUAGUUUAUUGUAUCUGGAGGGUGGUUUAGGUACUUGAAUAUUGAGAGUUGUAACUCGGCUAUAUUAGCCAGAUGAUUUGUAUUCGGUCGGGUAGCUAAUGAAUAUGUAGAGCUUCAUCUUCUUCACUAAA